AUGUCUCUCACGCUCUCGGUCUCGCUUCUGCUGCCGGCCGCGCAGUCACUGCUGGUCCCGCCGCUGCCAAGCACGCGUGCUGCUGCUGCGCCUUUCUCACGCUGCAGCCGCGAGCCUCUCGCCUGCGCGCCUGCCGAGCCGCCUGCAACCGACGCCGCGGCGGCGCUGGGAACUGAGGCGGACGUUGCUCAGCGCUGCGACUACCCCGGUUGCGUCGACGGCCGCGUCAUGGGCGGCUUGCCGGCCAUUGAGAUCGGCCCACCGGUCAACAGGUUCCGCCCCUUCGAGUGGUGGCCGAUCAAGCCGUACCGGCCGUGCCCGGAGUGCGCUAAGCGGGGCAUGAAGUACACGCGCAGCGGGCAGACCCUGGACGAGAUCGUCUUCAAGAAGAACCCGGCGGGCGGCUACUACGGCGACGACGAGGACUGA